AUGACCUAUGGUCUCUGUGCUUUCCUGUCCUGGGACACCUCACCCAGGGUGAUCAGAGCUCGCCAACACUCAGCUAUGGGCCCCAGAGUAGGUGCCCUGGCAAGCCCGGGCCUCACCCUCCUCCUGUCCUUUACUGCCCACUGCUCUGGUCCUCAGACUGAGGGCUUCCCAAAAGGAGAACUGAAUGCCAAUGGAGCCUACUCAUGGGUCAGGGACAACACCUCCCUUCUGGAAGACUUUUGGUGCCAGCCAGCCAGCCAGCUGCCCCGGGAACAACUCUCAGCUUUGAUCAAAAGCCUGGCUUCUCAGCGGGUCUCACUCAAAGCCUGGCAGCUCAGCUGCCUGGCCAACCUCGCCACUCGGCUAGGCCUCCAGGAUGACUUCAAGCUCCACCCACCCAACCUCCUGCUCUUCUACAAUCUAAACCAUGUGACAGAAGCCAACUGCUGGGAAUUUACCCAUCGUGCUGCCUGGGGGAACAUAGAACUGCUGGCCAACCUGCCCAACCAGAGGGUUGCCCUGCAACACACAGCCUUGUCCUGUCUGGGAGGACCCCACUUACAGCUCAGUGCUUCAGACCUGGGACUUCUUGGGGUCUUGAUUUGUGACAUGGAUGCAUCCCAAAUUGUGACUGCAGACCCCCAUGUACUAAAGAACCUGUUGCACUGCCCACAGCUGACUAACACACAGAGAGCUGCCCUCAACACCUUGCUGGCCAGUGGGAGGACACAAUUCGGGCCUCCUGGCUCCUGGAACUUGGAGGGGUUGAAGUCCCUGGGACCUCUGGCUACCUAUAUCUACCCGCACCUGUGGGAGAAGGUGGAAGAGGCUGUAGGCCUAGACUUCUUCCGCAGUAUGGUGGUUGCCUACCGGGCAGGCCGGCUCAGCCAGCGUGAUGCCAGGCGCUUCAUCACCAGCUUCCUGGAAUCCAAGGCCAAUUCAGUGUCUUCUAGGCCCAAGCGGCGCACAGGGAGAUCCUGCAUCCAUGGCAACAUCACAGCAGCUACACUGCAAGAUGACCUCUUCCUGGUACACUAUGACUGCACCCAGCUGGAGUCCUGCCUGGGCACACAUGUGCUCAGAGCCAACCUGGACCCCCUGAUGCAGCACCCACUCCCUGCUGAGUGCCAGCGUGUCGUCAAAGCCAAGCUUUCUCAGAUCUACCCACAUGGCAUCCCUGAGGACCAGCUGCACCUCAUCACUUCACUGGUCUACCUGUACUCCUUGACUGAGAUAGGCCAGUGGAACAUCACAUCCAGAGAUACAGUGGUGGCUCUGCUCGCUUCAGAUGUAGCUCUGGAGAACCAGACAGAGGCAGUCCUACAGACGUUCUUGGACCACAAUGGCAAGGUCACUGGCACCCUACUAGUGGCAAUUGGGGGCUCCCGUCUCUGCUGGAUGAGCCUCCAGCAGAUUCAAAUCAUCCGGCCCUCAGAAUUCCGGCUGGCCGGGGCUCCAGACAUUUCUUCCUGCCCUCAGAGUCGGAAGAAUGUGCUCUAUAUCAAAGCUCGUGAGGCCUUCAGGAACAACAGUACUACUGAACCAAACAAAUACUACUACUACAUACGUCCCUACCUGGGUGGUGCCUCCUUGGAAGAGCUUCAGUACUUGGCCCAGGCCAAUAUCUCCAUGGAUAUUGACACAUUCACCAAUCUCAAUCCUCUUGUGUUGAAGAACUUGAGUGUGGACGAGGUGAAAGCUCUGCUGGGCCAGAAUGUAGGGGACUUGCAGAAGGCCCGCAGCAACCCAAAUGUCAUCCCCUGGCUGUGCACACUCGACAGGUCAGAUUUGUGUGAGCUGGGCCUAGACACCAACCUCAGCAGCCCUACUCCAGCCUGUGUGACCAGGGGGCCCCCCAAUACCACUCAUCCACUUUCUCACCCACUUCACAACUUGGAUCUUCCAGGGAAUGAUGCUGCUGCUCCUGCCUCAGGUAGCCCUCCAGUCCACCUGGGCUAUCUGCCACUUGCUGUGGCUCUGCCCUCCAGCCUCCUGUGGCUGCUACUACAUCAGGCACCUUCUGGAUCAACAGGCACUACUCCCAGGGCACCAGGGCCCUGGCUACUGCAAAUGGCACUGCCCCAGAGUUGUCAGGCCCAUGGACAUCAGAUACAGGAGAGACGGACCUGCUAA